UAAAGUUCCGAGCAUAACAUGAAGACGUUGUUUGUCGCGCUGCUCCUGGUCGCCCUCGCGAGUUGUGACCACACUCGCGACCACGACCACGACCAAGAUCAUAUCCACGGCCAUAAUCAUGCCCACGACCAUGAUCAUGCCCACGACCAUGAUCAUGCCCACGACCAUGAUCAUGCCCACGACCAUGAUCGUGCCCACGACCAUGAUCAUGCCCACGACCAUGACCAAUCCCACGACCACGACCACGGCAAAAAACACAACCACAAUCAUGACCAAGGUGCAGCAGAGCCGAUGGUGCGCACGGCGGCGGGCGAGUUCCGCGGUGGGUUCAACCAAACCCGCUACGGACGCCUCUUCGAGAGCUACCGCGGGAUCCGAUACGCCGCGCCGCCGGUGGGCGAGCUGCGCUUCCAGCCUCCGCGGUUGAUCGAACGCUACCCGUCCCCGGUGGACGCGCGCGCGGACGGGCCGGCGUGCCCGCUGCCCGCGCCGCCCGACUACCCCGUCAGUGAGGACUGCCUCACGCUCAACGUCUACACGCCCCUGAAGAGGGACAGAAAAGAACUCCUACCGGUGAUAGUGUUCAUCCACGCCGGAGGGUUCUAUUCCAUGACGGGUCGCAGCGACCUCGCGGGCCCGCACUACCUGCUGGACCGAGACCUCGUGCUCGUCACCAUCAACUACCGGCUCGGCUCGCUCGGUUUCCUGAGCACCGGCGACGAACUGGCGCCCGGCAACAACGGCUUCAAGGACCAGGUGGCGGCACUCAAGUGGGUCCAGCGCAACAUCGCAGGGUUCGGCGGCGACCCGCAGCGCGUCACUAUCGCUGGCUGCAGCGCUGGAUCUAUCAGCGUCAUCCUACAUAUGAUCUCACCUAUGUCGAAAGGUCUGUUCCAUCGCGGUAUAUCGAUGAGCGGCUCGCCCAUCUUUAACACUCCCACUCCUGACAACAUGUACAGACUUGCGGUCAAGCAGGCGGAGCUGAUGAACUGUCCCACUAACAACUCUAGAGUUAUUAUCGACUGCUUGAAGACUAAGCCGUGGAGGGAACUCGGAGACUCGCUGUCCGGUUUCUAUGAAUUUGGCUUCGAUCCCGUUCUUAUUUGGGAGCCGGUUAUAGAGAAGGACUUCGGACAAGAAAGGUUUCUAACUAUGAACCCCGCAGACGCAAUCAAACAGGGCAAAAUGCACGCCGUGCCUUACAUCGUCAGUCAGACGACAGACGAAUUCUUCUGGAUGGCUUUCACGGUGCUGAGGAACCAGACGCUACUUGACCAGAUGAACGCCCAGUGGGAGUCCGUGGCCCCCGUCUCCUUCCUGCUCCCUCGCGGCCCUGAAGGGACACACGCGACCCGCUCGCUCCGCGCCGCCUACCUGCGCGACCGGCCGCUGCGUAACGACGAGCAGGGACAGCGCGCGCUCGGCCUGCUGUACGCUGACUCCAUCGAGAGCUUCCCCGUGCACAGGUUGGUGAACCUCAUGUGUCGCCACUCGCCGCACCCGGUGUGGUACUACGAGUUCGCGUACAUCGGCAACCACAGCCACUACGAGGACGCGGUCACGAAUAAACCCGUCGGCGCGGCGCACCACGACGACCUCAUCUACCUGUUCUCGCUGAGCUACCGCUUCCCGGACGUCGGCCGCGCCGGCGCCGACGCGCGCCUCGCGGACGCCAUGACCGCGCUCUGGCACAACUUCGCCGCGCACGGUGACCCGAACUACGGCGACCUCCCAGAACUGCAGGGCGUGAAGUGGCCGGCCGUGCUCCCGGACAAGCGCAGCUACCUGCGCGUCGACGCGGAGCUCGGCGUGCACACCAACUUGAAGGAGGACCGCAUGAGGGUGUGGGAGGAACUGUUCCCGCUCACCUACUGAGACAUGGGAGAAUCCAAAGCAGUCUAGGCUGCUGCCAAAGUAAAGGAACCUACUAGGUUUAGUGCGGCACCUGAUGUUUAUCAUUUGAUAAUUAAUAAUAAUUAAUUUAUAUUUGUAUAUUAUAAUCUUGUAUUGUGAGAGGUAUAAUAAAGUUUUUAAAAAAAUCUUUAUCAUUUUUUUUAUACACAUUGAGUAAUGUUUUGUAAUAAAGCUGAAAAGUCACCCCUUCGUACGGUUAAAAUACACAGUUAUAUUAAAUCACA